AAAACCGAUUGGAAGUCAAGUGCGAUCGCGAUGUGUACAUACGGACGUUUAGAAUAAUUUAAGCAGCACUGCUUACCGGAAAAUCGCCCGAGUGUGAUGUUCGUGGUGUUCGAUGCUGUCGAGUGGGUUGGAAAAUUCACAGAGGCGCUGAAAGUGGUGCCGAGGAACUUUAUUUACUUGCACUCCCACCGUCGGGCGACCAGAAGACAGAAGGCGUCCGUGGGGCCCCCCGAGAGUGGCGAUCGAUAUCGAUCGCGCGGGCGCGCGCGUGCCUUCACACGGCACGAGGAUACGCGGCUCCACGGGGAACACGAGCGCCGCGGCAUAGGAGGGACCGAGGAGACGCGGGGCUCGGCGCCGUCGCCGUCGCCUAUCACCCGAGCCUCGACCGAAGGAGCCAGCGAGAGAGCUUCAUUAAUUAAUAUUUAUAAAGAUGGCUCUGUGGGCAAAAGCACAACAAUUGCCUCAAGAGGCAUUACAAAAGAUACGUUCCGUUUAUGGGGAGCAUUUUCCAAUCGAAGUACGUCACUUCUUGUCAACAUGGAUCGAAGAGAAAAUGUGGACUGACAUUGAACCAGACAAUCCACAGUGCGAACAGUAUAUUGCCAAUCUUAUCGAAUCUCUAAUACAAGAGUUAGAAACCAAAGCAGCUUCGUUAAAUACAGAAGAUCUCUUCUUGACCAGAUUAAAGUUAAUGGAAGCAGCCAAAAAUUUUCGUCAGAGGUAUAGCUCGCAUCCAAUUACACUUUUUAAGAUUAUCAGACACUGUUUAGUAACAGAAAUGAAUUUGGUAUCUCAAAUUGAAAAUCUUGGUGGUACUCUAAUGGACAUGGCUGGAAGUAGAGUAGGACUGAUGGUAGGUGAUGCGAUGGCAGAGAUUGCCCAGCAAUUAGAUGCUUUGAGGCGUCGAACUCAAGAAACGGGCGAGGAUCUGCGUAAAAUGGAACAAGAACAAGAAUCGUUUGCCAUUUCUUAUCACGAAUGUACAAAACUGAAUGCUCACCUGCAAAAUAUUGCAACGCAACCACAGACUCAACAGUGCAUCGACAUUGAAAAGAAAAUUCGAAGGCAAAAGGAACAACAGGAGCAACACUUAAAUCACAAAGUCACGUCAUUAUUGCAACUGCGUUUGACUCUCGCUGACAAAUUAAAGGAUACCAUUAGUAAACUUAAUCUUUUGCAAUCGAGGGUGCUCGACAAUCAGCUCAUCAGAUGGAAAAGAGAUCAGCAAUUGGCGGGGAACGGUGCCAUAUUCACUAGUAAUUUAGACACGAUUCAAGAGUGGUGCGAGAGUCUCGCCGAAUUGAUUUGGCUGAACCGACAGCAAGUGAAGGAAGCCGAACGUCUUAAGCAGAAGCUCGCCCUUGAGCCACCCGGUGUCCAGGACAUCCUCCCAGCUUUAAACUCGCAAAUCACACAACUGCUGAGCUCGUUGGUGACGAGUACGUUCAUAAUCGAGAAACAGCCGCCCCAAGUCAUGAAAACCAACACUCGCUUUACGAGCACAGUCAGGCUACUCGUCGGUGGCAAGCUUAACGUGCAUAUGACACCUCCCCAGGUCAAGGUCAGCAUAAUAAGCGAGGCGCAGGCCAACGCACUGCUCAAGAGCGACAAAACGGGCAACAAGGGCGAGGCUAGUGGAGAAAUACUAAACAAUACCGGGACAAUGGAGUACCACCAGGCGACGAGGCAGCUCUCCGUUAGUUUUCGCAAUAUGCAGCUCAAGAAAAUCAAGAGGGCCGAGAAGAAGGGCACCGAGUCCGUUAUGGAUGAGAAGUUCUCUCUCCUCUUCCAAUCGCAGUUCAGCGUGGGCGGAGGCGAACUCGUUUUCCAGGUUUGGACGCUGAGUCUGCCGGUGGUGGUGAUCGUGCAUGGUAAUCAGGAGCCACACGCUUGGGCGACGGUCACCUGGGACAACGCGUUCGCGGAGCCUGGCCGAGUGCCGUUCGCGGUCCCGGAUAAGGUGCCCUGGUGCCAAGUCGCCGAGGCCCUCAACGUCAAGUUUCACUCAGCGACGGGUCGACUCCUCACCGAGGAUAACCUACGUUUUCUCGCGGACAAGGCCUUCAGGGGCGGCACCUCCGGCUGCCAGGACUUUACGAAUCUCCUUCUCAGCUGGGCACAAUUCUGCAAGGAACCCCUACCCGAGAGGAACUUCACAUUCUGGGAGUGGUUCUACGCGGUGAUGAAGCUCACGAGGGAGCAUCUCAAGGGGCCUUGGAACGACGGCUAUAUACUCGGCUUUGUAAGGAAGAAGCAGGCCGAGGAGAUGUUGGCCAACUGUGCCUCAGGCACCUUCCUUAUGAGAUUCUCCGACUCCGAGCUCGGGGGCGUCACCAUCGCCUGGGUCGCAGACCAAACGGAAGUGUUCAUGCUUCAGCCGUUCACCAGCAAGGAUUUCGCGAUACGAGGCUUAGCGGACAGAGUCUUCGACUUGCAGCACUUGAUGUAUCUUUACCCUGACAUAUCCAAGGACCAAGCUUUCUCCAAAUAUUGCACACCGUUCCAAGAGAACCAGCCUCUGAACAACGGCUACGUGAAACCGCUGCUGGUGACUCACGUGCCCGGAUGGACAGGACCGGCGCUGGGCGGCCAGACACCCUCGCACUCGUCGGUUGUCGGCGUCGGAGGCGGCAGUCAGGGUGGACCGGGCAGCAGUUACCCGUCGACGCCCUCGAACAUGUUUCAAGCCCACAGUCCGGAUCCCUCGGUAACGAGAGACACGCCGUCUGUUGCCUCUAGCUACGCUCCGGGUCUCGGCCAGUCGGCGAGGACAAAUGCGGACAUGGACUACGUCGAGCUUAUCGGUCACGGUGACCUACCAUCCAUCGAUGAAAAUCUCAACCUGGAUCAGCUCGGUAGCUUCGGGACCUUCUCCGAAUUCAUGCAAACGUACAAUGCCAAACCUCAAUAGGUAUGUUAGAAAUCUGCGCGGGGACUACUACAAUGACGAAGAU